CGCACUCCCCGUGCGCUAGCUCCCUCAAGUCGCGCCGCUCCCGCUCGAAGCCCGUUCGCGCGCCUAAAGUUCGAAGCCUGCGAACGAAGCCCCCGCCGACGUCCUCCCCACUCCCGGAGCUCCUACCCGAGGGUUUUUGGCGUGGGAACCUCGGGCCAACCUCAAGCACGAGUCGCGUGUUCUCGCCGGCGACGUCCCAUCGGCCCUCCUCGACGACGGCAUCCCGCUCCCCCCGGCCUUCGCUCCCUUUCAGUCGGAGCCCUAGCUUUCGCGCCUCCUUCAGUGCUCACGACCGCAGCCCCCUUUCGUCGGCAUCCUCUCACGCCGGCAAAGCCUCCUCCGACGGGAUCACGGCUUAGACUGGAAGAAUUAUUACAUCCGUAUAGCAUUUAAGAGUACCGACUCUGACCCACUACUCCGCGUCUUCCUUCUCCCUUUCUGUACUCGGCUAUGGAGGGCUCCAAGGAAGAGACCUUUCAGGACCCAAACUCUCCUGCUCCAAAUUCCUAUACUGCGGUGGUCAUUGGAGGAACUUUCGAUCGGUUACACCAAGGCCACCACAUUUUCCUCAAGACAGCUGCGGAGUUUGCAAGUGAGCGCAUAGUGGUGGGUGUUUGUGAUGGGCCUAUGCUGAGCAAAAAAAAGUAUGCUGAUCUCAUACAACCAAUUCAGAAGAGGAUGCAGUGUGUGAAAGACUACAUCAAGUCUAUCAAGCCCGAGUUGACGGUGGAGGUUGAGCCAAUUACAGACCCCUUUGGCCCAUCCAUUGUAGAUGAAGAGUUGGAGGCCAUUGUUGUGAGUAAGGAGACAUUACCAGGGGGCUUGGCAGUAAAUAGGAGAAGAGCAGAGAGAGGCUUGUCACAACUGAAGAUUGAAGUAGUAGAUUUACUGCCUGAUUCCACAUCAGGACAGAAAAUCAGUUCCUCCGCCUUCAGAAGAAUUGAAGCAGAGAAUGGUAUUCAACAGCAGCAGAACCAACAGAAGAUAAUUACUAUAAAAAAUUCUACAAAAUUAUAAAAAGACAACAGCUGGAAACGCAUGCGAUUAUAGUUCAUGUCAAAUGUUAUAUGUCAGAUACAUAAGCAAAACUCGUGUUUGGCUACCGAUUAGAAACGAAGCUUAUUUUCAGCCUUCAAUUUCGUCUAUCAAGCUUGAUGGUGAGUUUCUCAGGGAGCUGUCCAUGUGAUAGUGAAAUUUUUUUCCCAGUACAUAAUACAUCGGUGUCGUAACUGCAACACUUAACAUUGAGCCAAGAGCACCCCAACUCUCGGAGAUGACGCCUCAACACCCAUUUCAGGUUCAGAACUAGAUAACACGACACUACAACUUUCAAGGAUGUAGAGCCCCUUUGGGGCGCCCUUGAUGCCACCAUCGCGAUGCCUUG